GGAAUAAUUGCGGGUGUCGGAUCGUGCGCGCCAUGCACACGGUGAAUCGAUACGGUAUUAUUCACCGUUCCAGCACAUCUUCAGCAGCAUUCUCUUUUCUUAGCUUCUUGAAGAAUUUUAGUAGCCACAUCAUAGCUGGAUAAAACAACCUCUGUUUUCCUUUGCAACUGAUUUUUUUUAAAGGUCAAAACCGUACAUGUAAACUGUAUCGAAGCCUGCUAUUGUUAUUUAAAUUUAGUUGGGAGAUUGAAUAGAGCCAGCAGAGCGAAACGACGACAUGGGUGAAGGAACCGAGAUUGACCCAGCCCAUACCGGCGAUUGUCAUGGAGUUGACAGUGGGCGAGUUACGGCUGCUGGAAACAUGGCGUACCAUGCGAUGAACGUAGAGGAUGGGGCCGCGGAGGAGGAAAUCUCGAAAAGCAAGAUGAUGUUUGUGGAAUCAACGGCGACUAUGGAGACUGUAAUAUUUGACGAUGAUUCUGUGUCGUAUAAAAAACUUGAAGAUGGCGCAGCAGUGUUUGAUGAUCCAGAAAUUAAACCCAUGAUGACAUCGAACGGUGAUGUCGAUAAAGCAGCCCAAGUCAAAACCCGUAACGUGAGCGUAUCAUCUGCAAAUUACACCCGACUCUACAAACGACGAUGGUUGAUGUUGGGUCUCUUCUGUAUGCUGUCUAUGAGCAAUGCCUUCCAGUGGAUCCAAUAUUCUGUGAUAGGAAACGUUCUUGUUGAUUAUUAUAAUGUAGAAUACAUUGCUGUUGACUGGCUAUCAAUGAUUUACAUGCUUGUCUACAUCCCCCUUAUUUUUCCAGUUACAUGGUUGCUGGAGAGGGCAGGACUAAAAGUAGUGGGAAUCUUAGGGGCAAGUCUCAACUGCGCUGGGUCGUGGUUCAGAUAUGCGGGAGCAGUUCCUCAUCUUUUUCCAUUGGCUUUUGCAGGACAAACACUUUGCGCCAUCGGGCAAGUUUUUAUUUUGGGCAUGCCAGCCCAUGUAGCAGCAACAUGGUUUGGUGCGAAAGAAGUAUCCACAGCAUGUGCGAUUGGUGUAUUUGGCAAUCAGCUUGGUGUUGCCCUUGGUUUUGUUCUUCCACCUCUCCUAGUCCCACCUGAUGGUGAUGUUAAGAAGAAUAUGCAUAACAUGUUUGUGGGAACAGCAGCCAUCACCAGUGCAUUGCUCAUCCUUAUUAUUGCAAUUUACCAAGACAAGCCACCGAUGCCCCCAAGCAAGGCAAAAUAUGAUUCCCAGAAAUCUACAGAAGGUAGAUCUUACAAGGAAUCCAUCAUAUCUCUCUUCAAGAAUGUGCCUUUUGUUCUUCUCCUCAUCACUUACGGUGUGAAUGUAGGAUCUUUCUAUGCUAUUUCAACACUUCUAAACCAGGUCAUCUUGUCAGAAUUUCCAGGAUAUGAAGUGAUGGUAGGAGUGAUCGGCCUCACCUUAGUACUUACAGGAAUGGUUGGCUCUGUGGUAACUGGAUUUUGGUUGGACAGGACUCGUUCUUACAGAGGAACAACAGUGACUGUUUAUGUUUUGUCUCUGGUUGGCAUGAUCUGUUUCACUUUCACACUCAAACUUGGUGAAAUCUGGGUGGUGUUUGGAAUCACUGCUCUUUUAGGGUUCUUUAUGACUGGCUAUCUCCCUCUUGGGUUUGAGUUUGCUGCUGAACUUACUUUCCCGGAACCUGAAGGUACCUCCUCUGGGUUGUUGAAUGCAUCUGCUCAGACCUUUGGUAUCAUCUUUACAUUAGUGAUGGGAGUACUGGUGAAUGAAAUCAAUUCGUUGUCCGGCAAUUUAUUCCUGUGUGUAGCCUUACUGGUUGGAACUAUAGUGACAGCAUUUAUCAAGUCAGACCUGAGGAGACAGACGGCUGAAAAACAAGAGUUUGAAGAGGUGGAGGAGGAAUCAGAUAAUAAGGAGAGUUCUGCUUUUCGACCCAAUCGUAUCAGUAGCGUGAGAUUUGAAGGAAUGGAUGAUGAGGAUGAUACUGUAGUAACAAAAGACAGAGAUUAACCUAACAUAGUUAGGUUUUAUCCCAAUUUUUGAAUGAUUUUAUCAUUUUAAUAAUUUUGAAAUCAUGCAGUUGUUGAAAUUGUUGAAAAAAUGAUUUUCCAAAGAGUGAGAAAGUGGAAAUACCGGUAUACACAAGUGGAAAGUACCAAUUUACUCUAAUGUUAUGUACAAUUGUAGAGUGCCAGUAUACUCCAAUGGAAAGUGCUUGCAUACCCCAAUGUAAAAUGCUCUUAUAUGCUAGUGGAAAAUGAUAGUGUGCUAUGAUUGAAAGUGACAGUAUACUCCAAUGGAAAGUUCUAAUGUACUCCAAUGGAAAGUGAUAGUAUACUCCAAUGAGAAGAAAUAGUUUACAUGAUGGAGAGUGAUAGGAUACUCCCAUGGAAAGUGCUCACAUACCCUAGUAGAAAGUGCAUGUAUAUCCCAGUAGAAAAUCCUCACCUUCACCAUUAGAAAGUGCCAGUAUACUUAAAUGGAAAGUGCUAGUGUACUCCAAUGGACAUUGCUCGUAUUCCUCAAUUGAAUGGCUAGUAUAUCCUUAAUGGAAUGUGGUAGUAUGAUUCAAUAGGAAGUGCUAGUACACUCGGAUGGAAAGUGCUAGUAUACUCCAGAGGAAGUGGAAGUAUACUCCAAUGGAAAGUGCUAGUAUUUCCAAUUGAAAGUACCAGUGUCCUCUGAUAUAAAGUACUAGUAUACUCCAAUGGAAAGUGCUUGUAUACUCCAAUGGAAAGUGCUAGUAUAUUCCAGUGGAAAGUGCUGGUACACUCCAAUGGAAAGUGCCAGUAUACCUUCAUUGAAAGUGUUGAUAUACUUCAAUGGAAAUGGCUGGUAUACCCUUGAGUGUGCUUGUAUAAUCCAAUUGGAAUUCCUAGUAUUUCCAAUGGAAAGUACCAGUGUCCUCUGAUAUAAAGUGCUAGUAUACUUCAAUGGAAAGUGCUAUUAUACUCCAAGGGAAAGUGAUAGAAUACUCCAUUGGAAAGUGCUAGUAAACCCCAAUGGAAAGUACUAGUGUGCUUCAAUGGAAAGUGCUAGUAUACUCCAAUAGAAUUGCUAUUACACCUCAAUGAAAAGUGGUAGUGUACCCCAAUAGAAAGUGAUAGUAUACUCUUGAUGGAAAGUGAUAGUAUACUCAGAUGAAAAGUACUAGUUUACUCCAAAGGAGUGUAACAGGAUACUCCCAUGGAAAGUGCUUGUAUACCCCAGUGAAAAAUACUCGCAUACACCAAUGGAAAGCUCUAGCAUACUCUAAUGGAAAGCAAUGAUAUACUCUAAUGGAAAUUGCUAGUAAACCCCAAUGGAAAGUACUGAUUUACUUCAAUGGAAAGUGCUAGUAUACUCCAAUAGAAGUGCUAGUACACCUCAAUAAAAAGUGGUAGUAUACCCCCAAUGGAAAGUGAUAGUUAACUCCGAUGGAAAGUGAUAGUAUGCCCCAAUGAAAGUGUAUACCCCAGUGGAUAAUACUUGCAUACACCAAUGGAAAGUUCUAGCAUACUCUACUAGAAAGUGGUAAUAUUUUCCAAUAUAUUCCUUUGGAAAGUGCUAGUGUUCUUCGAUGGAAGGUGAUAGCAUACUCCAAUGGAAAGUGCUAGUUUACUGCAAUAAAAAGUUAUAGUAUACCCCAUACAAAGUGCUAGAAUACAGUUGAAAGUGCUGGUAUACUCUGAUGGAACUACUAGUAUACUUCAAUGACACAUAUACUACCAUGGAUUGUGAUAGUAUAGUUCAAUGGAAAUUGAUAGUAUAAUCCAGUGGAAAGUGUUAGUGUACUCCAAUGGAAAGAGCUAGGGUCCUCCAUUGGAAAGUGGUAAUUAACAUCCCUUUCAAAAAGAUGAUUGAAGUUGUAAUAGAUCUAAUCUAAGCUCAAAACAAGAUUAAAAAUCAUUUACACAUACAUAAUAGAGAGAAGGGUUAUUAUGUAGGAUAGUUUCGGAGAUUUCAUUAUGAUUUUUUUUUUAGGAGUGUUGAAAAACUAUAAUUUAUUAUCAUAAAUAGGUUAGUUUUAUGUUAUUUCACUGCUUUUAUUUUGUAUUCAUAUGAAUGACUAUAUUAAUAAUUUUUGUUAUACAAUGUAUCUUGUCAUUACUUCAAGGGUGGCCCCAUGUAAACAAAUUUUGAAACUAGUUGUUAAUAUACUGUAUGAGUAAAAAAAAACUUGACACCACACAAAUCCCAAAUUUUAGGAAAAUUUGUCAUGAACACAUAAUCAUUAAAUAUGGGUGGAAAGAGUAUCUUCUCCCAAAUAAUUUGAUAUCAUAUUUGUAUGGUGUGUCUUCACCCUUGGGAUCUCUGUAGGUAUUUGUAGCAGUGUUGUAAAUUUUGAUUUCCAUUAAAGGAAGGCAUGACUGCAAUUAAUGAAUCCAAAUGUCAAUGAUCUCAUAAUCCUACAAGGGUUGUACUAAAAUCCAUUGCAAAACACCUAUCAAUGAUUAAAAUUAGAAUUGUAUAAUAAACAGUUUUUAGUAUCCAUUCUAAAGUUUAAUUCAUUGAAAAGGGAUUUGCAAAUAUGUCUACUAACUCAUGUAGGAUUAUACCAUCAUGGGAGUGGGGACGCACAUGUUGCAGCCAUGCCUUACUUUGGCACAACUCGAACUUUACAUCACAGUAAAAAAUAUCUCCUCAUUAUCCAAGCAUUAACACAUACCACAUAAAUAUGGUAUCAAUUUAUUUAGGAGGAGAUAUUCUUUCAGGCCAUAUAUAAAUAUUAUAUGCUCAACAUAUUUUUCCUUAAAUUGGAGAUUUGUAUCACUUGUAUCACACAGUGUAUAUAUAUAUAUUUAUAUAUAUAUAUAUAUAAUGUUUUAUUAAUGAAAAUGUCACUGAAAUGCUAUUAAAUAGCUUAUAGGCAGUUGGUAACUCUGCCCAAGUUACAAAAUAAAAAUUAAAUAUCCAUCUAGUGUUUUCAUCAUGAUGGAAAACCUUAAGGUCGCUAGGAAUCACCUGAGCUUAACAAACCAAGACCCAUAUUUUGAAGUCUGGUUUAACUUUGGCCAUGGUCUAACUCUUUUUUUUAAUUAUUUAUAUGGAUAGUCAAAAAUUUCAAAAUUGCAUUUAGAGUAGAUGUUUCCUAUCUUAACCUGGCUCUUUCUUUAUAUUUAUUUUAAUGAUGAAGAGAACUAUCCCAGUAAUUAUUCCCAGUCAGGUAUGAAUGAUUUGAGUGUCAAAUGAACUGGAAAAUUGAACUUAUAUUUUAGUGUUACCUAUCACAUUUGGCUAUUCAUAUUUAAACCACAACUUUAGACCAGAGUUUGAAUUUAACCCCUUUAAAGGGGAAGUUCACCCUGAAGAAAA